GCCAUCUGUAGUUUAUAACGUGAACUAGUUACAAAUUCAUCGUUACCGGUUUUACGCUGAUUAUGACAGUUCGUUUUGUAAAUUUGUCAUCACCGAGAAGCAGAACAACACUAUUCCGAAAUAUGGCCGCAUGGGUAGGUGACAGCGGCUUCUUCGAUAAAUCCACACAGAAUGCUCUCAGCUCCUUUACACCUGAUGAGUUUUCUAUUGUUGUCAACACAAAAUUAGACGUGAAUGAGUUUUAUGAGAAUCCUAUUAGUCAAGUGCGUACGGACGAUGAAAAACCUGGAAAUAAAGUUGUGACGUCGGAAAGCGAUUUAAUCCCGGAGGAUCAAAACAUAGAAAAUCUUAUAGGACUGACAUCUCACAAUGACACAGUAUCAGACAUGCCAAAGCCGACUAUUGACAUCGCAAAGCCUAACAUGGAUAAAAACAAACGCAAGCCGGAGGACAACAGUGCGAGGUACAAGUGUGAAUAUGAGGGUUGUGAACGCACAUACAGCACUGUCGGAAACCUGCGCACACACAUGAAAACACACAAGGGUGAAUACAGGUUUAAAUGUCCGAUGCAAUUAUGUGAUAAAGCAUUUCUUACGUCAUAUAGUCUGAAGAUUCACAUACGCGCACACACAAAGGCAAAACCCUUCGCUUGUACCAUAAGUGGAUGUAGGAAAGCCUUCAAUACAUUAUACAGGUUAAGAGCUCAUCAGCGGUUGCACAGUGGCGACACAUUCAAUUGCAACGCCGAUGGCUGCACCAAGUUCUUCACAACACUUAGCGAUCUUAAGAAACACAUACGAACACACACACAAGAGAGACCCUACAAAUGUCGAUCGGAAGGCUGUGGCAAGUCGUUCACCGCGUCCCACCACCUGAAGGCUCACGGGCGCACGCACUCGGGCGCUCGGCCUCACGCCUGCACGGAGCCCGACUGUGGACGCCUCUUCUCAACGUCGACCAGUUUGAAGGCGCAUAUUUUGAAACAUCAGGUAAAAUCCGAGCCGCCAGUUACAAACAAACCAGCGGAGCCAAUACAACAUCCGUCACAAGAGACAAAAACAGCUGACGAUGUUAUGAACUGGGACAGCCUUCUCGAGUCCUUUGGCAGAAUAACAACAGAGUCCAACUCUACAGACGGAAGUCUAGAGGACAUCACUAAAGUCAACACCGUCGAUAUAACAGAACUACUAUUCCCGAACAACGCUAACAACACUAAAAAUAUUCAAACUACUGAUUUAGCUGUAGAUUACGAUCUUGCCAGCCUCACUUUAUCUCCCUUCGCAGUCGAAAAGAGUGACAAGAAGAGUUUCAGCGUCGAUUCUUGGGUCGAUGUCAACGAUUUACAACCAACGGUACAGCCGAUGGAACCACCGCCUAUGCACCUGGGUGGCCAUAAAUUGGAAGUGAAAUCUAAAGCCAUGCAACUAGCUUUAGCCAAUGAAAUCGAAGACCAAGCUCCAUGGGUUGACGUUAGCGCCUUAGCUGCUUCAAUAUCAGAAACUCCAGUUUGCAUUGAAGAGAAAACGCCGGAAAGCAUAUUCACACUUGCAACAUUUGUUCCCACACAUAUGCAAAGCUACAUAGACCUAAAUACCGAAAUUGCGCCGACCGCAAACCUUAUUACCCAUGACUCAUUCGAUUUGGAUACACCAAGUGUGCUCGACGUCGGCGACAAAGUGUUUAACGAUAGUGAAAUAGUGACAAAUCUUGGAACCAAUAAAAUUGAAACAGACUUAGACAUAUUGUUAGGAUCUGAUCCGGAUAGAUCUCUGAAUACUCCGCCCCCGUCCAAAGUGCAGCAGAACAUUGAAAUAAACCCCGCGAACUCCGUCCUGUUCAAUACUGAUCUAGAUUUGGAAGACACUUUACUGUUUGAUAACGAGCCACCUUCUGACAUGUACGUUGUGAGGACAGAGAAUAUAUUCGGUAAGAACAUGCCGAAAAGGAAUGCUCUGGAACAGUUGACAGCUGAUGCCGGCAUUUGUGCGUGUUCGGAAUGUAAGUGUGAUCCAAGUGUUGGAGAGUGUAGGAAUUGUGGCGGCCGUGAACCAGCUAGGAAGGAGCGCUGUACGGAUGACACUUGCUCCUGCGUUGACUGUAAGUGCGAUCACGCAGCGAUGAAGUGCGCGGUCGGCUGCGGCCAAGCGACGGACACUAACCACAACACAUUCUUGCAUUAUCAUAGACGACAUAACAAUUCUAACUUAGAAGACUUAGGCAUUUAUACACUCCACGAAUGUGAUGACCAAACACCACUGGUAUCUAAGAGUUUAGGGUGUUCUUGUGAUUCUCCGGCGGUAUCAAAAGUCAUCUCAGAUAUUGUCAAAAGUGAAAAGAAGUCGUGUUGUAGCAAAAAGGUGAAUGACGAGAAGGUUGCAUGUGGUCCGGCAACACCUGACUCGAACUCUGUUGUCAAGUCUUUAGUGUGCGGUGAAAAAGUAUCAUCAUCUGAAACCAAGGAAGCCUGUUGUGACGGCAACAAGUCGUGUUGCGUUACUAUAUGUUUUAAGAAACUGAACGCUUUCAAGCAGUUUCUGUCAGACAACGACCUGAUUCACGCCUUGAAAUCACAUAAUUUUAAUCUAACAACGAGCUAAUGAUAGAAGCUUUUAUAAACAAUUGCAUUUAACUACGUACAAAAGCAUUGAGUUUCUUGCAUUGCAUCCCUGAGCUGUUAGUCUCUCCUACGUGAUAUUUUGUCCAAUAUAAGCUAUAUUUUAUGUAAAUAAUUGUGUUUUGUUGUGUUAUAUGUAUGUAUUUUUGCCGUAGCAAGUUUAAAGAAUGGAAUAGGAGUAUAUUAACUUAUAAAUGUCAUAGUUUUGUCGAAUGUUCAUAUUGUUGUAAGUGAAACAUUUGUCUAUUAUAUCUGUGCCAGAAAUUAUGUUAACACUUCCAAAGAUUAAUCUAAAAUAUUUAUUCUAAAAUUGCAACUUUGUUGUUUUAUAUACAUUGUGUACAAACUGGGUAUGUUGUAAUCGUGUAAUUUUACAGAGCAAAUUUUUAUCUAUAUCUACAUUUUUACAAAAUAUUCGCCAAUAAUGCCAUGUUCCCUGUAGGGAGGACAAAGUGCCAUAAAUUAAAUUUAUGACUUGAAGUUGUUAAUAACGUAAGGAACCUAAUGUUUGGUGCUAUCUAAGUUAAGAAAUCCAGUGCCUUAAAUGUUGUUGUACUUACAAUGUGCUUAAAACUGUACAAAUGUUGAAUAAUUUUAUAUGAGAUUUUUAUUCACUUGUUUUAUAUAAAUGCGAUAAUUGUAAUGCUGUAAGUUUUCUAGUCCACAUAACAAAUAAAAUGCUUUAUAAUUA